GACGUCAGGCCUGAGCGGACGGCGGAGGGUCACAAAGUUUCUCUGACGGUCGGUAACACACCGGUAACCACAGUCACCAGAGCCGCCACGGCGGCAGCACGGCGUUUGACAGCUGUGUCCCGCGGGGAGACGGAAAAACUUCGUUCGUGGAUCCGACUUUGGCCUUUUUACGCACCGGUAGCAGCGGCGGAUUAUUGGCUCGGGCGCUGUUUUUGUAACACUUUGUGUUUUGUCUCGCGUCGUCGGGAGCCUUUAGUUUCAUUUUUUCCAGAAUAUGUGACAUACACAUGAACUUGCAAAUGGAGGAUUGUGUUGUUGACCAGAGGGAGGAGCCACGCCCAUGAUCGUGCACCCUGUGGUUAGAUUCCAGCUUCCCCCGUUCAUCGUGUGCGCCUUUACGAGUGGACUGUUGAAACCAGGGGUCUCAUCUCUGUGGCCUCUGGACCGACUGAACCACCUGCACGGCGGGGUUUGACCCAACAUGACAUCAGGAUGGCGCGUCGCUCCCAGUGUUCCUCUUCCGGGGAAAACCCCAUGGACCCCCACUACCUCCCUCCCCACUAUCGUGAAGAGUACCGCUUGGCCGUCGACGCGCUGGUGGAGAGCGACUUGGAGGGAUACUAUAAUUUUCUCCAGACGGCAGAUGUGGUGGACUUCCUGUCCACGUCUGAGAUCCGGCACAUUCAGCAGUCUCUCCAGAGCCCGCAGCCGAGCAUUCACCCCGAGCACCCUGAACGUUUUCUGGACACUGGGGGGGAUGGCUCCUCGGACACCUACUGGCCGAUUCACUCGGACCAGGACGCGCCGGACUUGGACCUCGGCUGGCCUCAUCAGCACCAUUUUAUCGGACCUACAGAGGUCACCACUCUGGUCAACCCCCCCGAGCCUGACAUGCCCAGUAUCAAGGAUCAGGCCCGACGACUUGUUAAGAAUGCUCAGCAGGUGAUCGCUGUAGUAAUGGACGUGUUUACUGAUGUUGACAUGUUUGCUGAUAUCCUCAAUGCUGCCAGGAGAAACGUUGCCGUCUACAUUCUUCUAGACGAGCAGAACGCUCAUCACUUCGUCAACAUGAUGUUGAACUGCCGGGUCGAUCUACAGAAUGUUCCAUUUUUACGUGUGAGGACAGUGUCUGGCAUCACGUAUCAGUGCCGCUCAGGGAAAUCCUUCAAAGGUCAGAUGAUGAACCGCUUCUUGAUGACGGACUGCAGGGCUGUGCUGAGUGGAAACUACAGUUUCAUGUGGUCGUACGAGAAGCUCCAUCGCUCCAUGGCGCACCUUUUUCUCGGACAGCUCGUAUCAACGUUUGAUGAAGAGUUUCGAAUUCUGUUCGCUCAGUCCAAGCCACUGAUCGUUGAAAAUGUGCUCCUGGCGAUGGAAGAGUUUAACCUUUCACAACAGAAGAAACAGCAGUUCCCAAAUGAUAGAGCACCGCUAUACAAAGAUUCCAGGAGGUUUCCAGAUGCUGGUCAUCCAGACGAAUGGCCGAGACAUUCAUACGACGAACGAAUGGACGUAGAUUGGAGAAUGAUGCCACCUAAAGGCGCUUCAGAUAUGUACAGUAGGUUUCCCUCCCAGCCACAUAUGGAUCCAUUAUUUGACCAGGGGCCCCCCAGAAUACCCUCGACUGAAAAUCCUGCAUUCAAACGAUAUGGGGGUGGCCAGGGUAGGUUCCCGUACCCUUUCCAACAGGGGGUCCCUGAGCCUGAGAGCCAGAGGUGGCAGGUUCCCAGGGGACAGCAGCUUUAUCAAGGCCCUGGAGCGGGACCAGAGGCUGAUUACAGUGGUGGUGAAAAGUUCUGGAACCCAGACUAUCCUUGUGUGGAUACCUACUUUGAGCCACAAGAGAUGCAGCCGCCUCAUAACUUUGACCACGUGAUGAACUAUUUAUCAUCUACCAGAAAUGCAGACUUUGAGCAAAGCUCAGAUAAAUUACACCCAGCAGGAGAUUUACCAUUUAGUUCAUCUCAUCCCAGAAGACUGAGUUUAGGUCAGCCGUACACCUGUCAGACCUCUCCCACACACUCAAACACAACCGAUGAGAAACAAUUUUUCCCGGAAGCUAUUGUUGACCGCAAAAAUCCUAUGGUAAAACGUGGGCUAAGAAACUGGAGGAUUUCCUCAUAUCUCAGUACAUAUGAUAAUCCAGAAGAUGAAGACCUGUCAGCAACACCUCAGGCACCAGAGCCUCCUGAAGAGCCCGCUCAACCUGUGCAACAAAUAGCACCAGCCCCAGAUUUAUCAUUUCCUAAAAUCCCUAAUGUCAGGGAAUUUAAAGUUCAUACAUUGCCCAGAGCAAGUCAGAUCCCAGGCUAUGCCAAAAUCCCUCUUCGAGAGCAGCCAAAGAAAUUGCCUGAGGAAUCUGCUCCAGUGGUGGCAGAAAGGAAGUCAACGCCGAUGCCUUCAGAAUCGUCGUCCACGCACGAGGCAGAAAAGGCCGAGGAGGCAGAACAAAAAGAGCAAAGAGAACCGAAGUCAUCCGUUCUGCGGAGGGAGGAGACGUUCCGUAGGCAAUAUAAUCCCGCAACGCCGAGGAACUCCAGGUUGAGAUCCUCGCUCAUAUUCAACUCUCUCGACCAGCAGCAUUCUCAAGACGCCAAAACGGCUGCUGGCCAGCAGGAUGAAGGCGGUGAGAAGAAUGAGGAAGAGCAGAAAAACACCCCUUUUGUUUUGCAGGUGUUGGGACAGAGGAGGCCUGCUACGAGAGAAUGGAGGCGCUUUGAGAAGUCACCUGCUUCUGAUAACGUGGCAUCAGAAACAUCGAAGCCAGGUGAUGCAGUCAGUAAAUCAGAUGAUAUAGACCCUUCAAAAGAAGAAAAUGUAAAGGAUCUCCCAGAAAAGAGUGAGGCACAGGAGACAGUAAAACCUCCAGCACCUCAGUCCAAGCCGAGUACAGCAGAGCUGCCCAAAAUGAAUGCCCCAGCGCAACCACUCGAGUCCCCCUUUACAACUCCAAUGUAUGUAGACAUGAGUGAUCCUGAUGUAAGGCUUAUGUUCUUCAAGGAACUGGCUGCAAAGCGGAAAGCCGCCAAAGCUGCAGAAGCUAAAAAAGAACACGACCAAUCAGUGAAACCGUCAAAUGAUACAAAGCAAAGUCCCACUGUUAAAACGAAGGAGCCUGGAGCAGAGGAAACCUCAGAAAGGGUGACUGGGGCCAAGAUGGCAGAAGCUGGAACGAUCAAAGGGCAAGCUGUGUUGACCCCACCAGCUGAUCUGGCAACCGGCACGGCUAAUAAAACAGAGGAGCCCAAGCUGAAAGAAGCCUCAGAAAACAUGACUAAGCCUUUAUCAUGUGACACUUUGGUAGACAAAAAUGCCCCUGAAAUGGUUGCUGGAAAAACAGCAUCUGUAGGAGCGUGUGAGUUAAUCAGGGACAUCAGUAACAGCUCCAAUAGAAGCGAACCUGGUGCCUCCCAAAGCAGCGAAGCUAGGGAUACAAGUCAUUCAAACCAGACAGAAGAACUCAGCCAAUCAGCAUCUCUGGCUGUUUUUACAGAUGUAGAAUCUGCACAAGUCGAACCCCCUCAAGAAGAACAUCCUCAAGAACCGAUGCUGUCGAAGGCGGUGAAGGAGAGCAGUCAUCCCGAUACACCUUCAGAGGCCACAGCUGUUAGUGAUCCCUCCCUUGUUCAAGGUAGUGAUGAAAGUGAGAUACCGAGCCCUGAUUCUCCCUCCAAAGAUUCCACUUCACUCACUCCCAGUUCAGCUGAGGCCCCGUCCGCUUCUGCAUCGGCUGAAUUGGAUGCUGAAACGCAAAGACCCCAGUCAGUCCAGUCAGAGAGUGUUUCAUCUGAGCAACACACUGGAUCAGAACUUGCCUGUUCCGACCCAAGUGAUGUCCAAAGUUCCUCUGAUCCCAUCCUGCCAACUGUUAGUCCCAGUCUCCCGUCUUCUAGCUCUGAUUUUCUUAACAUUCCACCAGAGUCAGUAUUAUCUAAUGUUCCCCCAGUAGAGUGCAGUUCACCCUCAACCUCUGUCGCGGUGCCUUUGAGCUCUGAUAACACACAGGAGGCUGACAGCACCUUACAACAGGAAGCCCUGAAAUCAGACGAGGAAAGUCCACGCACAUCUGCACAAUCUGAGUGUACUGAAGUUCCCCCAGGACCUGUUUGUGGAGGGGCAUCAUCUGUGACCUCUUCAGAACUCCAGACUGUGAACUUUAAACAUUUGGAAUCUGGUGUUUGUCAUGAUACAAGUGCUGCUGGUUCCGAGGCGAACACAUCCUCAUCACAGUCCACUAUAACGACCACCACUGGAGAAUCUGAGACUUUUACAUUGUCAGAAAAGGAUUUGAUUACAUCAGAAGACUCUGGUGAGAAGGCUGGUGCGGAUGAGUCUCCGGUUCCUGGACCAUCGGAGGAUAAAGCUGAUACAUUGCCUCCUUCCCUUAUAUCAUCAGUGCCUUUGCCAAAUUUACCUGAUUUGCCCAGUAUUCAAAACGAGUGUAUAAAAUCCACACUAGACCAACCAGACCCUCAGACUGAGCAGUCUACAUGUCAAGCAGAGGAAAGGAAGGAUCCGGAUGUGAUUCCUGAUGCCUCCCAGUCAGACACAACUGCAUCUCCAGCAGAUGCACAAACACAAGCAGCCCCUCCCUGUGAACCUGACCUGACAGACACUGACACCCCUCCUGCUGAAGCAGUUCCCUGUUCUUCACCAGCUGAGUCAGCUGCACGAGUUUUGUCACCUGGGUCUGAAAACACAGACAUCAGCGUCUCUGUGGAACACAGCUCAUUGGACACAAACCCACCCCUCAACCAGGAUACAAUGGAGUUAGAUGAAACUGGAACUCAGCCAUCAAAGGUCCCAACGCAGCCUGAUGAGCUCUGCCAAACCCCUGACACCAAACCUCCUCUAAGCCAGCCAGCGGAGCCGCCUGCUGAAGAUGGUGCUGUAGUCAACCAGAGUGAGAUAAGAGAAGAAGAAACUCUACUUCCUGACCCCGGAGAGAAAGGAGCGGAGGAAACCGCGGCAACGAACGAGCUCAACAAAAUGAUCACGCAGGACGCCAUCGGCAGCAAGAAAAUCAAAGAGCCAGCCGAGAUCACAUCGGAGGAAGCCGCUCCUGUAUCGCCACAGUCCAAGCAGCCAAAAACCAGCCAGUCUCGCUACCACUCGUCAACGGCCAACGUGCUCUCCAGCAGCAACCUCAGAGACGACACGAAGCUCCUGCUGGAGCAGAUUUCCGCCAACAGCCAAAGCCGGGGCGAGGCCACCAAAGAUGCCCCCGUCACCGACGACGAGAAGGAGGACGAGGCUGACAAGAACGCUAAGAGAGAGAACGCCAGAGGCUUCAAGGCACCGGGAAGAGGGCAGCAGAAGUCACCGCAGGAUCGGGAGAAGGUGCUGGAGAGGAUCCAGUGUAUGAGGAAAGAGAGGAGAGUCUACAGCCGCUUUGAGGUCUGAUUACAGGAAGAGGCUUGUGUCAUGGAUGGCAUCAUUACUGUGAUUGAUGUGUAAUAAAAAUGUGUGAAGCAUAGAAAUAAGUAAACAAUGGACACAAUGUAUGUAAAACAGUUACUUCCUCCUCAAGCCAUGGAAACAGAACAAAAAUAAGAAGAUCGACCAAGGGCUUCUUCACCGUCAAAAACGUGCUGCCAUGUGACCAGCACAUAAACUGACUCUGUGUGACCAAAUAUAUAUUUUUACCACAUGGGUAAAGUGCAAUGUUUGCAACAGAUUGGUUCUGAGGCCAGUGCUGCCUGUUUCCCAGCACUGACAGUCUUAACGUAGCGUGGUUGGAGGCUAAACACAACGUCGGUGUAGCAGAUGAUAGGAAGUAGUCAGAGGUUGUGAAGCUGUUGCUGUAGUUAGUGAUGUAGUGUUUUCAAUUGUGUUGAGAAUGUUUGGUGAUGACGUGCAUUCGUAAAACAAACAUUUGACGGCUGUUCUGGUGUAAAUAAGCUGCAGCUUUUAUUCCCUGUAAACAAACAGGAAGGAGAAAUGAUGAACAAAGCUGAGAUUUUAACUGUAAUGUCACUGUCUAAUUCCUCUCUUUGUUGUUUCUGCUGCAUCGACCUGUAGGACUUUAAACUGUACACGUGAACUACAUGAUACGAACAUACAGCACGUCAUGUACGUCAUUGAAAACUUCAGCACUAUUGUUUUAAUGCAAAGCGCAAGAAACGGGGAACCUGCACAGAAUCGACACAAGUAAAAUUGUGCUCUUACAGUUAAACAUGACAGAUCUGUGACACCUGUAUUCAGCAACCUUUGCUUUUUGUAAAUAAAAUUCCAUAAAAGUC